CGGAGGGAAAGUUCGAAUUUGGAAUUUGAAAGAGGAGCGCAGUGCAUAGACAGACGCAAAAUUGAACCAAAACAAUAACCAUGUUAAGGCCUACGAAGGGCAAAACCCCCCGGAGACCUGCGCCUAGGAAGCCAUACAACAACCAGAAGGAUCCAGUUGGGGUGUACUGUCGUGUGCGCCCACUGGGCUGUGAUGAUGAGGAAUGCUGCAUUGAGGUGAUUCAUAACACCACCAUUCAGCUGCACGCCCCAGAUGGCCUCAAGGCCAACCGGAAUGGGGAGUACAAGGAGACCCAGUAUUCCUUCAAGAAAGUGUUCGGCAUCAAAACAACUCAGAUAGAGCUGUUUGAAGACGUUGCCAAACCCCUUGUGGAUGAUGUCAUUCAUGGCAAAAAUGGCCUGCUUUUCACCUAUGGCGUCACUGGUAGUGGCAAGACCUACACCAUGACUGGCUCUGCUGGGCUAGGAGGUCUCCUCCCCCGCUCACUGGAUAUGAUUUUCAACAGCGUCGGCCCAUACCAGGCGAAAAGAUUCGUGUUCAAGCCUGAUGAUAAGAAUGGCAUGGAGGUGCAGAAUCAGGUAGAUGCCCUUCUGGAGAGGCAGAAGAGGGACAGUCAGCAGAACGUUCCAAAAACUCCAUCCUCACGGCAGAGGCUAGACCCAGAGUUUGCGGACAUGAUCCGACCGGAGGAAGCCUGCAAGGCGGAUGGGGUGGAUGAGGACAGCAGCUACAGCGUGUUUGUAUCCUACAUUGAGAUUUACAACAACUACAUCUAUGACCUCCUGGAAGAGACGCCUGUUGACCCUUUGAAAGCCAAGUGGAACAGUGGAGGCACUCCCCUUCGGAGCAACACUGAGUUUAUACCGCCCCAGUCUAAAAUCCUGCGUGAAGAUCAGAACCACAACAUGUAUGUGGCCGGCUGCACCGAAGUGGAGGUGAAGUCCACCGAUGAGGCUUUUGACGUGUUCUGGAAAGGUCAGAAGAAGCGCAGGAUUGCCAACACUCAGCUGAACCGUGAGUCCAGUAGAUCUCACAGCGUGUUCAUCAUCAAGCUGGCCCAGGCCCCUCUGGAUGCUGAUGGAGACAAUGUGCUCCAGGACAAGAACCAGGUGACGGUGAGCCAGUUGUGUCUGGUGGACCUGGCUGGUAGUGAGCGCACUAGUAGGACUCGAGCAGAGGGGAGCCGCCUCAGGGAAGCAGGUAACAUCAACCAGUCCCUGAUGACCCUGCGGACAUGCAUGGAAGUUCUCAGAGAAAAUCAAAUGUGUGGCACGAGCAAGAUGGUGCCAUACAGAGACUCCAAAGUGACUCACUUCUUCAAGAACUACUUUGAUGGCGAAGGCAAAGUCCGAAUGAUUGUCUGCGUCAACCCCAAAGCCGAUGACUAUGAGGAGACUCUGCUUGUCAUGCGCUUUGCGGAGAUGACCCAGGAGGUGGAGGUGGCGCGUCCGGUGGACCGGCCCAUCUGUGGCUUCGCUCCCGGCCGGCGCCAGCGGAACAUGGCCUUCAAGGACGAGCUGAGCCGCCGCCUGGAGGAGCGCGGAGGCCCCGUUGACACGGAAAUUCCAGCGGCUCUGAACCAGCUGCUGCAGAGCUUCCCCCCUCUGCCCCCCUGUGAGAUCAGCGACCCCACUGACGACCAGACGCUGCCCCGUCUCAUCGAGGCGCUGGAGAGGAGGCACAGGAUGAGGCAGUCCAUGGUCGAGGAGUACAACAAGACUGCCAACUUGCUCAAGUCCAUGCUGCAGGAGAUGGACGGCAGCCUCAUGAACAAGGAGAACUACAUCCACCAGCAGCAAGGCAAGCUGGGAGAGAAGGACAAGUGCAUUCAGGACCAGAAGAGUGAGAUCGACCGCCUGGAGAAGAAAGCAAAGAUGCUGGAGUACAAGAUCGACAUCCUGCAGAAGACGACCAACAUCUACGAGGAGGACAAGCGCACCCUGCAGCAUGAGCUGGAGAGCCGGGAUCACAAGCUUGUGAGGGAGCAGUCCGAGAAGAAGCGCAUGGAGGCCCGCAUGCAGGGCAUGGUCUACGACACCAAGCUGCAGUGGGAGAAGGAAUGCGAGAGGCGUGUGAACGCCAAGCAGCUGGAGAUGCAGAACAAGCUAUGGGUGAAGGACGAGAAGCUGAAGCAGCUCAAGGCCAUCGUCACCGAGUGCAAAACAGACCGCCCCGACAACCCCCCGACACGGCCCCCCGAGAAGCCGAUGCGGCCCUCGCGAGAGAAGGACCGCCUGCGCUCGGCCUCCCCAUCCCCCGUACCCUCUUCUUACACUGUCUCCCAGCAAUGCCCCCCGCACCCUGCCUCCUACACCUACGACCUGGCCCCCAAAGUGGCCAGGGCCGGGGGCGCAGGGGUUCCCCUGUCCCCAAAGGCCAGUGGGACGUCGGUGGCCUCCUGCAUCUCGGACUGGGAGCAGCGGGUCCCCCAAGACCGCAGGCAGCGUAGCCAGUCGCCCCCUACCAGCAGAGCACCAGGCAGCCUAGACAGGCGGAGAGGCAGGCAGUGGCAGCACCAGCUCCAGCGUGACUGGGAGGUGCCGCAGCAGCCAGAGGAUGUAGGCGUAGAGGAGGUGGCAGGUCCCAGGACGGGGGCCCCAGUGCGCCCCCACCACCGGCGGUCCCACUCGGCUGGAAACGAGCGCUGGGUGGACCACAAGCCCGUCACCAACGUGGACCUGGACACCGUGAUGCAGCCCAAUCUCCCCAACUCCAUCAAGGUGUCCACCCCCAGUGAGAAGGCCCUGUCUAAGGCUGAUAAGUACGUGCUCACGCACCAGGAGGUGGCCUCCGAUGGAGAGAUCCAGACCAAACUCAUCAAGGGGGAGGUGUUCAAAACCAGAAGUGGUGGUCAGGCUGUGCAGUUCACGGACAUCGAGACUCUGAAGCAGGAGAAUCCCACAGCACCCAGCCGUAAGAGGCGGUCUUCUGAAAACAAACCACCUCAGGGAGAUGGGAACACGCAGGGUGGCUGGACCGACGUGGAGAACAGAUGCUCUGUGGCUGUAGAGAUGAGGGCUGGAUCCAACCUGGGGCCUGGCUAUCAGCACCACGGAUGCCAGAAGCGGAGAAAGCCCUAGAGGAGCUGCCCAGAUUCUGCACAUCAACAUGUAUUUCUGCCCUGGAACCUCACGCUGUUUGUGUGCAAUAGCAGAUUCACUUUAUACUAUUUAUCUUUUUAAAAUCUGUAUAUAGUCAAUUCACCAAAGUCUGUGCAUUUUUAUAUUGUAGUGCUGCCCAGUAGAGCGCUCAGUUCAUGCAUCAUGAUCGCAGGGAAAAAAAAUAAAUGAAAUGUUGUUGUUCUAGUUUUUCACGCCUAUGUGGCAGAUUGUUAUUCCAAGAGGCACUAUAGUAUUAUCAAUGCUUAACUACUUUUUACUGGCAUUGGACCGUUUCAAGAAUCAUCUUCAAAUGCAGGUUGGAUUUAUAUUCUUUUGCUUAAGAAGUUGCCCUUUUUAAACAGGCUAUAGUUUUCACAUUGGCAUUUUGUAUUUUUUUCUACGUGGCGAUUUUAUAAAAAUGUGUUAAAAAAAAAUACUGAGCUGUAAGUCUUCCUCUGUACCCUUUGAUGUUAAUAAAUUCCAUAUGGAGAUAUUAA